AUGGAAGGGUUUUAUCUGCACAGAUAACAAGAACCACAAGGGAUGGGAAAACUAAGCAGAGUGAACCAAACUGCUGUUUCAGACUUCCUCCUUCUAGGACUCUCUGAGUGGCCAAAGGAGCAGCCUCUCCUAUUUGGCAUCUUCCUGGGCAUGUACCUGGUCACCAUGAUGGGGAACCUGCUCAUCAUCCUGGCCAUCAGCUCUAACCCACACCUCCACACUCCCAUGUACUUUUUUCUGGCCAACCUAUCAUUAACGGAUGCCUGUUUCACUUCUGCCUCAAUCCCCAAAAUGCUGGCCAACAUUCACACCAAGAGCCAGGCCAUCUCCUAUUCUGGGUGCCUUGCACAGCUAUAUUUCCUCCUUACGUUUGGUGGCCUUGACAACUGCCUUCUGGUGGUGAUGGCUUAUGACCGCUAUGUGGCCAUCUGCCAGCCCCUCCAUUACAGCACAGCUAUGAGUCCCCAGAUCUGUGCACUAAUGUUGGGCAUGUGCUUGGUGCUAACCAACUGUCCUGCUCUGAUGCACACCAUCUUGCUGACUCGUGUGGCCUUCUGUGCUCACAAGGCCAUCCCCCACUUCUACUGUGAUCCCAGUGCUCUACUGAAGCUUGCCUGCUCAGAUACCCAUGUUAAUGAGCUGAUGAUCAUCGCUAUGGGCCUGAUGUUCCUCACCACUCCACUCAUGCUGAUAAUCCUCUCUUAUGUCCGCAUUUCCUGGGCUGUAUUUGGCAUCUCAUCUCCUGGAGGGCGAUGGAAGGCCUUCUCCACCUGUGGUUCUCAUCUCACCGUGGUCCUGCUCUUCUAUGGAUCUCUAAUGGGUGUGUAUUUACUUCCUCCAUCAACUCACUCUGCAGAGAGGGAAAGUAGGGCUGCCAUUCUCUAUAUGGUGAUUAUUCCCAUGCUAAACCCAUUUAUCUAUAGCUUGAGGAACAGAGACUUGAAGGAGGCUUUGGGUAAACUAUUUGGCUGUGGGAAAACAUUCUUCUCACCAUGA